UACGAUAAAGCGGUCCUCUCUCUACGAUAUUCAUCUCGAACUUCUGAUUUAGCCCUCUGGAUGGUCGAUCUCUCUUAAAGGAUUCUUCAUUCCGGACUUCUUCCGAUUUGGAAAUCUGUGGUGGCUCGCAGUAUCAAGAUUUUCGAACAACUUAACCACGCUCAGUUUAGGACUAAUAUCCAUAGUAUUGACAAUGGGGAAAUCCAUAAGAGGAAGACGGAAAGGACGACGUGGACGCUAUGGAAAAGCAUCAAUAGGUGAAGGCAGAGGCACACAGGCACAACCUCCAGUAUUGAAUCUGCGAGAUACUGAAGUGGACACAUCAUCAAAUGAUCCAACUCAAUCACCGAAUGUUAGCCUAGAUUAUAUCAUGGAUGAUGCUAAUGAGGCCCAUAGGAGUGUAGAUAUUGAAGGUCUAAUAUCCACUGUAUUGACAAUGGGGCAAUCCAUAAGAGGAAGACGGAAAGGACGACAUGGACGCUAUGGAAAAGUAUCAAUAGGUGAAGGCAGAGGCACACAGGCACAACCUCCAGUAUUGAAUCUGCGAGAUAAUGAAGUGGACACAUCAUCAAAUGAUCCAACUCAAUCACCGAUUGUUGGCCUAGAUGAUACCAUGGAUGAUGAUAAUGAGGCUCAUAGGGGUGUAGAUAUUGAAGAUGUGCCCACUCGAAAACGUGGUCGGGGACCAGCAAAGGGCACGGAGUUUGAACGCCUCCGUAAAUUUGGAAAGAUACCCUUAAAUAUUAAGGAUGGACAAAGAGGUCCCUCGUGCGAAAAUUACAACGUCUUUUCUGGACGAGUGACAACGAUUGUGAGACGUCAUGCCAACAUGAGGCAUGCAAGCUGGACCAUGGUACACAAAGAGGAGAAAGAUGAGCUCAUUGAUCGUGUUCGGGCUGACUUUGUAUUGGAUUGGACACAAAGUUCCCACCGUGAGUGUGUGAUAAACACACUUGCUCGAAAGUACAAUGCAUUCCACUACCUACUGCGCAAGGUAUAUCUGGGUUAUGAAACGCACGAAGCGGCACUUUCCGGUGGGACAACCUUGGUGGAGAAGCCCGUAUGGGAAGUGUUAUGUGAAAGGUGGUCAAGCCAAGGCUUCGAGAAGCUGUCAAAGAGAAAUAGAAAAAAUAGGCAAAAACAACAGAUCAACCACACAGGUGGUAGGAAGUCAUUCGUUAGGAUUAUGGAGGAAAAGCACGAACAAGCCCCAAAUUUGGUAGCUUUUUAUAAAGAAGUGCAUUGGUCAAAGAAGAAGAGUAGAUUUAUUAGCGAAACAGCAGAACACAAUUAUAAUCUGAUGAUUGAGAGGUUGAAGGAGAGAGACCUGGAUCAGAAUGUCGAUGAAGCAGCUAAUGCGGUGUUCAAGGAGGUUUUAGGACAGCGAUCAGGUUAUGCAAGAGGUCUAGGCUACUCUGUUACACCUGAACCAUCUCUUUCAUUGCGCAACAAUAGGGAUUAUCAACGCAUUAGCAAGGAGAAUGAGAAGAACAAGAUUAAUGCCGAUCUAUACAAGAGCCAGCUUGAGGCAUUGAAGACUGAUUUACUAGAAUUCAGGAACCAGUUUCAAGACUUUGAGAAACAGAUGAACACUCGCUUGAUGGAAUUGCAGUCUCAGAGGGAGUCUCAUAAAGAGACUCCAGUCGAUGUCUAGACAUCCUUUUGUAUGACAUGAUGCAUGUUUUUUAUUUUUUGAGCUUUUGAAGAAGGUUGAUCAGCCAUUUGAUGGGGAUGAUGUCAUUGUUGGUCGCUUUUUUUGAGCAAGUUAGGAUGUGGCAAGAAAGGAAGUGACAGGAAGGACAUGCAACCUUUUACCAGACAGGGCAGAAUAGGAAUUGAAAGAGACUACUGCUAAAGACAGAGGACUGCCCGAGGGACUUAAUGAAUCCUAUCUCAAGAGUUCAAGCCAAGACCACUACUGCUGGCGUGAAGUAAUUGAAUCUGUAUGUACGAACCAAACCAGAUGAAGUUACUUUAAUUUGCACAUGCAAUUCUUGCUUUUUAUUUACAAUGGCUGAUAGUCAAAACCAGGUUUCAUUGUUAAAUACUAUUUUCGCGUGCAUCAUGUUUAGUGAUGACAGAACUGAUAUAUAAAUAUGUGUAUGGAAGUGCUUUAGCCAA